AUGAUCGUACGAAUGUUUGUGGAACCGAUUGAAGAGACUCGCAACGAAAUUAUUUUCGCUACGGAGCAUGUCGUCGGGUCACUCGCUACCAGCAUCACAGAGUCGUCGAAUCCUAACCACCAUUUGGACGAAGUUGAAACACAGAAAGGGUUGCUACAGCUUGCACGUGGACUUGAGUUCUUGCAUAGUUCGAGUCGUAUCCACACGAAUUUAACCCCGGAGUCGGUGGUGAUCAAUGCCAAGGGCGAUUGGAAAUUGGGCGGCGUAGGGUUCGUGACAAAUUUAAGCGAGAAUCGCUGGGCGCUGGCGGACGACGAAGAUGGACUGCCACAACAGCUGCAGCGCAACCUGAACUACAUGGAUCCCGUGUAUGUUUUUCGUCACAAGGUGGAGAGUGCAAACGAUAUGUACUCCCUCGGAGUGCUGCUUUAUGCCAUUUUUCACAAUGGAGCUACGCCGUAUAACACCCAUGGUAAUAUCAGCACACUUCGCUCGUAUGCCGAUAGGCUUUCUGAGCGAAUUCAUUCGCAUAAAUGGAGCGAGCUUCCCACGGAUGUACAGAACAUGCUGGAUAAUCUGAUAUCACUCAAUGAUGAGCAGCGAUAUACAGCCUCCGCCUUUCAGUCGCUUCCAUUUUUCAACAGUAUUCUGGUUUCUGUGCUCAAGUUUAUGGAGCGUGAUAAUUUCACUGCGCGUCCACGCCAGGAAAAGGUACAGUUUUUGCGCGGCUUGCACAAGAUGCUACCCCGAUUUUCUGCUGUUUUGCAGCGCCGCAAACUGCUGCCUAAUUUACUGGAGAUGAUGUCGGAUAAGGCACUCUUGCCGUAUAUUCUACCUAAUGUUUUUACGAUUGCGAAAAACUUGUCUGCGCUCGAAUUUGGACAGAGUAUCCUGCCGCGGCUCAAGCCCCUCUUUUUGAUAAAAGACCCGCCGCAAAACCAGAUGCUUCUGUUAAAUCAGACGGAUUUGUUUAUGAGUAAGACACAGCCAUCUGUUUUCCGAAAAGAUAUCAUGCCUCUCUUUUACUCUGUGUUUGAGCAAGAAUCGGUAGCUGUGCAAGAAAAUGCGCUUCAAAAGCUCCCUAAUUUGAUUAGCAUGCUGGAAUUUUCGCACGUAAAGGACGUCUUGUUACCCAAACUGGCUGCGCUAUUCACCAAGACGAAGACGUUAUCUGUAAAGGUCCGGAGCUUGGUGUGCUUCCACGCAAUGAUUUCGGUUUUGGACAAAGGCACGAUUGGUGACACACUUGUUCCAGUGCUGGGACGUGUCAAGACGCGCGAGCCGUCCGUCAUGAUCGCAUCACUGACAGUGUACGAGGCAUUCGCAUCAAAGCUCGACAUUGACGUCCAAGCAACCGCAGUCAUACCGCGCUUGUGGGUUAUGUCCAUGUGCCCUGCGCUUAAUGAAGCACAGUUUGCACGGUUCAUGCAUGUGAUUCGCGAAUUGGGCGAAAAGGUUGAGCGCGAGCGCUUGGUCCAACUGCACGAUUUGCAGAACCUGCGAAAGCAGGAACAAGAGUAUGUGAAUGAGACCAUUCCCGAAGAGGUGGAGCGCAAUGGCAAAUCCAUCGACUCCACUGCGGGUGCAUUCGGCUUUGAGGCGCUGGUAGGCCACACAAAUGCAGCGUCGUCAAACACAGGUGCUAUGGAAACGCUGUUGACCCCCGAGCAAUCAUUGCCAGGUCUGCUCGAAAGCAUGUCUGUUGGACAAGGCGCUACGCCCACCAAACCCCGGCCAUCCGUGCUUAGUACAAACACGAUCAAAAGUGGCAGUGCGCGCAUCCCCCGCGUAACUGGCUUAAAACCAUCGGCAACCCCUAUACCCGAGCCUACCAGCAGCGGCUUAUUCGAAGCAAUGACCGCAGCACCCGAACGUUCUGUUGGUAUGCCUUUGCAUAUGCAGUCUACACACAACAGCUCGGGUACAAACACGCCGACUCACGCGCCGCCAGGCUGGCAAGGCGGACUUUUGCAGCCCAAGUCGAACGCACUUACCCCAAAACAUGCAGCACCGCCUUCCAAGUCUGCGUGGGCAGAUUUCGACCCGUUACUGUAA